GCGAGAUUGACUUUUCCCCCUCCUUCCAUCUUCCUCUCCGAAAACCCUCCUUCCCAUAUCCAUCCUUCAUCUCCGUCUGCCAUCAAUUGAGCUCUGAAUAGCAUCAUUAAUCUGGUGCUAUCCUACACUACAAGUCUUGUCCCUGGCCUGCCAAGUCUCUAGGUGUUUGUCGCACCUCCGCUCCCAUUCUUCGAUUGCUAUAACAUUGUCUCGAGGCAUAUUCCCGAGCAAACCUCUUUUCUCAACAUCCCUUCGGAAUAGCGUCAUCUUCCCGGCAGAUACAAGCUGCCCACAUCACUCAUUAUGGCUGCCAACAACAUGGUCAACCCCGCUGUGGACCCCAAUGUCGAGGACGACCUCUUCCAGAAGGAGGUUGACCAAGUGAAGCAGUGGUGGAGCGAGCCGCGAUGGAGAAACACCAAGCGGCCCUUCACUGCCGAGCAGAUCGUUUCCAAGAGAGGCCAUCUCAAGAUUGAGUACCCGAGCAACGCCCAGUCCAAGAAGCUGUUCGACAUUCUCGAGAAGCGCUUCAAGAACAGGGACGCCAGCUACACUUACGGCUGUCUGGAGCCCACAAUGGUCACCCAGAUGGCCAAGUACCUCGACACCGUCUACGUCUCGGGCUGGCAGUCAUCCUCGACCGCCUCCGCCUCGGACGAACCUGGCCCGGAUCUGGCAGAUUACCCCUACACGACCGUCCCCAACAAGGUCGCCCACCUGUUCAUGGCCCAGCUCUUCCACGACCGGAAGCAGCGACAAGAGCGCCUGAGCGUCCCGAAGGAGGCCCGCGCCAAGCUCGCCAAUGUCGACUACCUUAGACCCAUCAUCGCCGACGCCGAUACCGGCCACGGCGGUCUGACCGCCGUCAUGAAGCUCACCAAGCUCUUCAUUGAGAAGGGCGCUGCCGGCAUCCACAUCGAGGACCAGGCCCCCGGCACCAAGAAGUGCGGCCAUAUGGCCGGCAAGGUCCUCGUGCCCAUCCAGGAGCACAUUAAUCGCCUCGUCGCCAUCCGUGCCCAGGCCGACAUCAUGGGCUCCAACCUCAUCGCUGUCGCCCGCACCGACGCCGAGGCUGCCACCCUCCUCAGCACGAACAUUGACCCCCGCGACCACGCCUUCAUCCUCGGUUCCACCAACCCCAGCCUCCAGCCCCUGAAUGACCUCAUGAUCGCCGCCGAGCUCGCCGGCAAGAACGGCGAGCAGCUCCAGGCCAUUGAGGACAACUGGCUCAAGCAGGCCAAUCUCAAGCGCUUCGACGAGGCCGUCGUCGAUGCCAUCAAGGCCAGCCCCCAGCCCAACAAGGACGGCUUGGUCCAGAAGUACCUCUCGGCUGCCAAAGGCAAGAGCAACGUCGAGGCACGCGCCCUUGCGAAGGGAAUCCUCGGUGCCGAUGUUCACUUCGACUGGGACUCCCCGCGUACGCGCGAGGGCUACUACCGCCUCAAGGGCGGCUGCGAUUGCGCUAUCAACCGUGCCAUCGCCUACGCACCUUACUGCGAUGCCAUUUGGAUGGAGAGCAAGCUGCCCGACUUCAAGCAGGCCCAGGAGUUCGCCAAGGGCGUCCACGCCGUGUGGCCCGAGCAGAAGCUCGCUUACAACCUCUCGCCCUCAUUCAACUGGAAGACGGCGAUGCCUCGUGCAGAACAGGAAACGUACAUCCGCCGCCUCGCGUCGCUCGGCUACUGCUGGCAGUUCAUUACGCUCGCUGGCCUGCACACGACGGCGCUUAUCAGCGAUAAGUUCGCCAAGGCAUACAGCCAACAGGGCAUGCGGGCGUACGGCGAGCUCGUGCAGGAGCCCGAGAUGGACUCGGGCGUCGACGUAGUCAAGCAUCAGAAGUGGAGCGGUGCGACGUACGUCGACGAGCUGCAGAAGAUGGUCACGGGCGGUAUCAGCAGUACCGCUGCCAUGGGCAAGGGCGUAACAGAGGACCAGUUCCAUUAAUGGGACGAACGGACUAUGGAGGGCGUGAAUUUCGGGGUUACCUAUGCAAGGUGCGAUGAGACUGUAUAUUGGAAACGUAACUAGGAUUAUCUUCGGGAGUAUUUCAGUCGAAAU